AUGUCACCUAAGGCUACAGGAGAUCGACGUCCUCGGCGUGCACGCAAUAGUAUUGGUGGCCACGAAGCUCCUGAGGAUUUCACCGUGGAGUGGACGGUACCAGUGGACAAGAAGAGGAGGAGGGUUACUGUCGAUGAUGUCGCAGCACGGGUCAGAAGACAGAUCGCUGAGUUGGAUACCCAAGGCGAGGCGUUCUGGCACCUCAGCUGUUUGAAGGAGUCUUCUACGUUGCAGACCCUGCAUGAUUGCAAGAUAGCAUUAGAGAAGGAUGGAUUAGAUAUGUCUGUGAAUCGGCGGGCACUGGGGGCGAUCCUUGUUGCUGUACAGCAUCUAUUAUCCCGGCCGCAGAGUGAGGCUGAUAUAGAACGACUAUCUGCCUUCAUUGAUGCAGUUCAGAAGACCCAGACUCGCAAUGAACUAAUAGAGCAUGUGCAGUCCGCCAUCAAUCUACUAUCCCCUGCUGUGACUCCUAACGUCCUAUUGUAA